UCCAGCUAGUUGUCCCAGCCAAACAAAGGUCCCCCCUUGGAAUAAAUUUGAUCCAAACUUUCAUUAAGAGACCAGCUAACCAAAUCCAUAAAAAUAAAAAUAGCAUAUUGAGAAAAGUUUGCAAAGGAAACGCUCAGCAAGCUAGACAUAACACACAGCAAGCAGGAAAGAUAGGGGAGGUAGGAGAGAAGGAAACAACUUUUCUUCAGCCUUCACAGAUUUUCACAGAAAAGGUCAUUUUUCUGAUUAUCAAUUGUUUAUAAUUGUUUUUGCUACACUUAAAGCUUUCUCACCUGGAAGGCAUCAACAUAAAUAUUAGUUGUUAGUAGGUGUUUGUGUAUCAAAAGCACAUCUAGCUCCAUGUGGACUUUGUUUUUAUGAUUUAAUGACUUGCUUUAUUUACCCCUGUUUAUUCAGUUUCCUUGUAUCUGUUCAUGCUGUGGUAUGAUUUCUGGAAAUCACCUUGUUUUCCAGCAGAGGUCACAUGAUCAGGGUGUGUUCAAGAUGUGUACGGUGGGUUUGGUCUUUUUGGUUUGACGUGACUUCUCCUAAACAACAGGAGCUAAGUGAAAGUGAAAAAAGAAACAGACACAGCAGCAACUUCAGAGUGAACCAGACAGACUGAAGAGGAUUCCUUUCUGACAGGAAGCAGAAGAGCUGAUCUGAGCCACAAUGAGCACACAGGACCAGAACCAGAAACAAUAUGACGCCCGAGACACAACGCUGAAAUUUGUCAAAAGACCCGAUGAUCUGGAUCCAAUGCCCCCUGAAGAGGGAGACCAGUGUCUCCGAGCAGAGAUGUCCUGUGGUCACGCUGUCACACCACAGUCACUCACYGGAUGGUGUCGCAGCCUGCUAGAUCAGGGCCAGUACAAAUUUAAGUGCCCUGCUUUAGAGGAAGAAACCAUGCAACAAUGCGGUGCAGUCUGGUCUUACCAAGAAGUGCGCCGGCUGGCCGUCCUGACACCGAAGGAAAUGCAGCACUUUGAGAAGAACAUUGCUCGUCUGGCUGCCAUGCAGUACUGUGACUUCAAAUCAUGCCCUGGCUGUAAGUCCUACGUUGAACGUGAGGACCUGACCAACCUCUGCGCGCAGUGCUUAGUGUGCACAGCGGAUAAAAAGAAAGUGGUCCAGUUCUGCUGGCAGUGUUUGAUGCCGUGGAAAGGUCCAGCUCCACGCUCCGACCGCUGCGACAGUGACGGCUGCCUCAACCACGACCUCGAGCUGCUCAGGACCUGCAAGACCACCGCCCUCCCUCAGGUGCGGGGGGUGGACGCCUGUCCCUCCAUCAGAGCCUGUCCCACCUGCGGUCAGAAGGUGGAGCACGACAAGACGGGCUGCAAGAACAUCAUCUGCCCUCGCUGUCAGGUGGAGUUUUGCUUCGUGUGUCUGAAGCUCACUCCUGAGUGUCUGCAGACGAGUUCCUACUUCAUCCCCUGCAGCGAUGGAGUGGCUCCCAGACAAACAUCCAUACCUGUGUGGCGCAGAAACUAAACACACACGAGUAUUUCACCUUAACUUUUUUCUGUCUUCUAGCCUUUAACAGUAAGAUUCUCUAAAUCUGAACGUUUUAGUCCUUCUUCUUGUUCAUGUUUGUAAGCUGUUUGCACAAGAAUUUCCUGUUUAGAGAUGUAGCUGACGUUUCAUUCAUGAGACCUGUUUUUUUCUGAGAUAAUGUAAAUAAAGUUCUGUUUUAACUGAGUGAAGUCAGCUCAUCCUCACACCUCUGCUGUGAGCUGGACACAAUGAACGGCAGCAGAAAGUUUCAAUAUAAAACACGAUUUAUUGAAAAUAACACUGAAAGGUUUAUAGGCAUACAAGUUAACUAUUGUUGCAAAAUCCAAUGAAAGAUCUUUCAUAUU